AUGACGAAACGGGAACUCCGCCUUGAGCAGCAUAGGUCUGCAUUGCCCGAGGAAGUCGUGACGUCGAUUGACCCAUCCGAAGGCUUAGGUCCUGACCCGGAGUAUCAAGUUCACUGUGCGACGGCAUCGCGUAACGCGGACAAGCGGUCUACAAGUGAGAGCGCACACGUUAUCGAUGGCGUAUCGCACGAGGUCUCAUGCAUUCGCACAGACGUCUCUCGAGCCUACGUCCCGACUCAGUCGUGUGCGAGCAAUGAGAGAAUUGCCGAGAUAAAGGGGGACGAAGAUGCACUCACUAAGGUCUUGAAUACGCUACGCAGCCAACGUCUGUUAAUUCCAGUCAUUGUGCAGUCGAAGCAACGCUUUAUCGGCGAGGCCACGCCUGCAAAGCUAGGGUCUGAGGCGGAGGCGGUUGCAUAUCCUGACAACGUUGUCAGAGACCCCGAGAGCCUGAGAACACGAUCCGGCUGA